AAGGGAUAAUUGAAACAUAAGUAAUUACAAAAUACGUACCCAGAUGCUUUUAGGCGAUACGUGAAUGUUAUUGUUUUAUUUUAUGCACGUUUAGUCCUUUAUUUCGUCGUCAAAAAAAAAACACCCGCCACACAUAACGGUUUUUGUUUUUGUAAUUUCAUCCCCUCAGGUUGGUAUGCAUUUUUCCGUCCGACUUGAAACUUCUCAGAGCGUCCUUGUUGUUUGCCAGUUGUUUGUGGUUGUUUUUUAGGAAAAAAACCACAAAUAGUGGUGAAAAAGUGUGCAAAAUGAGUAAACACGAGAUACCGGUAUCACCUAUCCAGGUGUACGUCAGGCAGAGACCUCUCACGGCGUGCGAAAUUAAAGCCAAAAGGCAUAGCAUUAUUAAAGGCAUGAAUCAGAACGAGCUCUUUCUUGAAUACGCGUCUUUUGCGAAAAAGUACAGUUUUGAUCGAGUUUUUGGGGGUGGUGCAUCGCAAGAGGAGGUUUACGAUGUCGUGGUGCGCCCCCUGGUUGACUCAAUGUUGUUAGGGAACACUUGCAGUCUUUUCGCGUUUGGACCAAGUAAAACCGGCAAAUCCUACACUCAGCUGGGGCCCCACUUGAGCCCCACGGUUGAUCUCGUUAACGACCCGUUUGUUGGGAUGAUCCCAAGGGCUGCUGUUGAUAUUCUCGAUAAGCUGUCUCAGUUAGGGGUUGAGUGUGUCGUUACUGCAUCCUUUGUUGAGUUAUACAAUGAAGAAAUCCGUGACCUUGUGGUUAAUGACAAUUCUGGCUUGAGCGUCCAUGAUGAUCCGAAUUACAAGGGGGUGACACGUGUUAAGGGUGUGACGGAGAUUCGAGUAAAAAAUUGCACUGAACUGUUUGAAAUGUUAAUGGUUGGAGCGAAUAAUCGUAGCGAGCCAAGUUUACAUUGUCACACAAUUUUCACCAUUGGUGUUACGAUUUUCGAAUCAUUUAAGGGUGAAAAGAUAGUUAAAACUGGCCGAAUUCACUUGAUUGAUUUAGCUGGAAGUAAUUUCCUUGCAUCGUGUGGUGCGUUAGUCAUUAAUAAGGCGCUUCAAACUUUCAAAACAGUGAUUCAAGCCCUCGCUUCUGAAUCUAAACAUGUUCCCAUGAGAGACUCAAAACUGACCCGAGUUUUGCAAGACUGCCUCAACGGCAAAGGCAAUACUUCGAUUAUUGCAACAAUUUCACCCUGUAGUGACGCAUUUGAAGACACAGUCACUACUUUGGACUACGUGCAAAUGGCGCGAGGCGUCUCCACUAACCCGGUCCCCAACGUAAUAAACAUACGCAGAGAUGAUGAAGUGAAGAAUUUAGAAGACGAAGUUAGUUCUCUACGCCGGGAUUUAGGCACAGCCGGGUCUUUCAGAGCGGAGAUCGAAAACUACGCAAAGUUGAUGGAACUUAAAGUAAACCAUGAAAAAGCCGUCGCACUUACGGCGGAAAUAACAAAAUUAGAGGGCGUAUGUGAGCACCAAAAGUAUUAUCCUGAUACCGGAGAGUUGGCGCAAGAAACAACCCAAAAAUGUGAACCCCAGGCCGAGGCAAAGAAUGCGGAAAUUGCCACAGAAAUGGUCCACGUUUCUUUCGAAGCCUUGAGCGGGGUUGAGUUCGCUGUCGAACUCUUCCAAAACGAUGAGAGAUCGAAUUUGUCUGAUAUAGCCACAAAUAAUGAGAAGGUUAGAGAGGUCACAUUUAUGAAUUUGGGACGCUUGAGGACUAUCCUAAGCAAUGUUUGCGCAUUUGCCGAUUCGCUAAAAUGCACGUUGGACUCUUUGUUGAGCGCGUCGGAGUUCACCGAAACUAGCGCCAGGGCGAAUUUAACGACCAUGCAUAUCGAGAAUCAUUCAAUCUUGGCUGAUAAUUAUCACAGAGUGAAAGCAACUCUGUGCAAACUUCAAGGUUAUAUAGAAUCUACCAAAACAUCAUUGGCGGAGGCAACGUUUCAGUAUGAGGACGAUGUCGGGAUGCAGUACUCCUUACUGAGCGACAUGUACGAGAGAUUCUACACGCUACUGACUAAUUUACAUGCAACCAUGCAAAAACGUUACUUGCGAAUUCAACAUUUAAUGAGCCUCAGUAAUCAAAGACUGCUAUUGUUGGACAAGAUAACUAAGAAUUUUCUUAACACCCAAGAGGAUUUGACUUUGGAAUUGGAGACCAUGUGCUACAUAAGGGGGUAUGCUGGUCAACUGACCGAAUUGUUGCAGGAAAAAGCUCCAGGAAUCGACAAUAAGUUAAUUACGCUUUUUACUAAGUUCAAUCAGGAGACUGCACAUCUUCAUUUGAUUUCGCUUCAGAGAAGAUUUGAGGCGGCUAAAGAAGAAAUUCAGCAAAGCCAAACAGUUUGCUUGGAGGAAGUUGCUCAAAAUCACAGCCGACAUCAAGACUACUUUCGUAGUUUCUUUGAUGCUAUUAGAAGAGGUGUAGCGACUCAUAAUGAGGGAGUUGUUGCGACCAGGGAUGGUUUGUCAUUUGAAGCUUACAUGAUGGUAAGCCAUCAAUAUAAUAUGACUGUGGACCGCACCUCACAGAUCUCAAACUCACUUGAUGACAUGUUCUCGAACGCAAAGGAUUUAACUUCGGAGAUGGAAGAUAUUUCUACUGAAACCGUUGCUAAACUCAAACAGUUGUCAGAAAAAGUUACGGUUAAUUCUCCGAAAGAAAAGAAAGAAGUUAAGAAGACUCUCCUGCAGGAGAAGCAAGAUAAUUCAAACGAGCCACCGAAUGAAAAUCAGUAAUCCGUACUGAUUUAAUCGUUCUGCUAGUUUUAGGUUGUUACGUUACUUUUUUUUUAUUUAUUUGUAAUGAAACAAGUUUUGCUGUUUGUGUUUGCAAAACUUGCUAGUCGAAUUGGUGAAGUUAUAACUCUCACCAAUAGUACUCAAAGAGUAUUAGAAGUUCUUACCGGAGAACUUUCGCCUUUUGAUAUUUAUGUGCAAUGAAACGAUUUUGCUAAGACUAGAUACAUUUCAGUCAAGGUAAAAAAGUGAUGGUAGUUUCGCUGAUUGGUCUAAAGCUUUAAACGAUACCUAGUCAAAUGUUUCACUGUGCAAACCUUAGUAUUAUAUUGUUUUUGGUGUUAAUGUUCCUUCUUGCAAUGUUCCGUAUGUUUUUUUAAAACAUACCAAUUAAACCAAAGUUGAAAAUGUGUUAAAUAUAGCUUUGCCGCUUGUUUCGCAAGCUAUAAAUCCUAACUAGUCUAACUAGAAGUUGAAAAUGUUACCAUUAUAUUUGAAUUUCUUAAUAUUAUAUUGUUCAUGAUGUUCUGUUCCAUGUUUGUAAUGUUCUGAUUGUGUUUGGACUUACAAAUAAACUUAAAAAAAACAUUUUUUUU